AUGGCACAGCAAGGAGCUCAGCUCGACGGAGCAAAAUUCUGCUGUUCGAUCUGUUUGGAUCUACUGAAGGAUCCGGUAACUAUUCCCUGUGGACACAGCUACUGCAUGAGCUGUAUACAAAACUUCUGGGAUGGAGAGGAUGAGAAAAAAAUGUACAGCUGCCCUCAGUGCAGAGAGGCCUUCACACCGAGGCCUGUCCUGAUGAAAAACACCAUGUUAGCAGAUUUAGUGGAGGACCUGAAGAAGACUGGACUCCAAGCUGCUGCUGCUGCUCCUGCUGAUCUCUGCUAUGCUGGACCUGAAGAUGUGGCCUGUGAUUUUUGUACUGGGAGGAAGCUGAAAGCAUCCAAGUCGUGUCUGAACUGCCUGGCUUCUUACUGUGAGAAUCACCUCCAACCACACCAUGAGGUAGCUCCAUUAAAGAAACACCAGCUGGUUGAACCCUCCAAGAAGCUUCAGGAGAACAUCUGCUCUCGUCAUGAUGAGGUGAUGAAGAUGUUCUGUCGUACUGAUCAGAAGUGUAUCUGUUAUCUCUGCUCUGUGGAUGAACAUAAAGGCCACGAAACAGUCUCAGCUGCAGCAGAAAGGACUGAGAGGCAGAGAGAGCUUGAGGAGAGUCAAAAGAAAAUCCAGCAGAGAAUCCAGGACAGAGAGAAAGAUGUGAAGCUCCGUCAACAGGAGGUGAAGGCCCUCAGUCGCUAUGCUGAUAAAACAGUGAAGAACAGUGAGAAGAUCUUCACUGAGCUGAUCCAUCUCCUCCAGAAAAUAAGCUCUGAUGUGAAGCAGCAGAUCAGAUCCCAGCAGGAAACUAUAGCGAGUCGAGUUGAAGAGCAUCAGGAGAAGCUGCAGCAGGAGAUCACUGAGCUGAAGAAGAAAGAUGCUGAACUGGAGCAGCUCUCAAAAACAGAGAAUCACACCCAGUUUUUACAAGAUUACAGACCACUAUCACUGCCUUUGCGCCUUAGAAUGCCAAACUUAAAUUUAUGUUCUAAAGUAAACUUUGUGGAUGUGGAAGAGGCUCUAUCAGAGGCCAAAUCUACACUGCUGGACAUUCUGAACAAGACCUGGUCAAAGUGGUCUUUAACGAUACCUGAAGUCGAUGUUUUAGCAUCAAGCCAAGAAGCAGAACCGAAGACAAGAGCUGAAUUCUUACAAUACUCACAACAGAUCACACUGGAUCCAAACACAGCACUCACGCAUCUGUUACUGUCAGAGGGGAACAGAAAAGCAACAAAAAUGAAAACAGAAAAGAGUUAUCCUUAUCAUGCAGACAGGUUUGCAUAUUACUGGCAGGUCCUGAGUAAAGAGAGUCUGACUGGACGUUGUUACUUUGAGGUGGAGAGGCGUGGGAGAUGUGCAGUAGCUGUGACAUACAAAGAUAUUGACUUUAGAGGAACCACUACUACAAUUCAAAGUCCAUUUGGAAACAAUGACAAGUCGUGGGCAUUGGAUUGUUGCCAAAUUAUGCAUCUAUUCAGACAUAGUGAUAACUUGACAGUCAUCCCAGGUCCUGUUUCCUCCAGAGUUGGAGUGUACCUGGAUCACAAAGCAGGUAUUCUGUCCUUCUACAGCGUCUCUGAAACCAUGACUCUCCUCCACAGAGUCCAGACUACAUUCACUCAGCCUCUCUAUGCUGGAUUGCGGUUUUACGACUCUCCUUUUGAAUCCACUGCUGAGUUUUGUAAAGAUUAA